UCAAUCAAGUGAUGACGGUAAUUCGGAAAAGUUAUGAAAGCGGCAUGUUCGGUAGCUUCUUGUCCUACAGGGUUCUGUUACUUACCGCUGGGUUUGUAUUGAUCUAGUAGCUAAAUCAGAAAACAUACCCCAGCUGGAGGGGUUAUUUUAAAAUAGUACAAAUAGUUUAAUGGUGGUUGUGCAUUUGAGUGUUUACGAGAUACGUCAGCUGAGAGCUAGUAGCAUUUAGCUAACGUGACAUUUAUUCAAGGUGUGUGCAAAACCUCCAGAUGACACAUUCUUUUCACUGGUAAGUUUCUACUGGAAAAUCCAUCAUCACAAUUACAGAACAUAAAUCUGCAGUGGUUGAAUAAGCCCUUAACUCGUAAUGCACAACGACCUGUCUCCUCACCUGCACACAGAUGAGUGCAACGAACUAAUAAGUCUCCUAAAGCAGUGCCACAAGGAGCACAAUUUCUUGAAGUUCUUUGGCACAUGUAAUGAUGCAGACCGAGCAAUGCGUCACUGCCUGAAGAAAGAGAGACUGGCCAAGCGGGAACGCAGCAAACAGCAUGCACAAGAAAUGAAAAAGAAGCUGAAAGAAGGACCCAAAGAGCCAGUUUAAAAUAAUUUUAGAAAACGGUGCAUCAAAUAAACAUGAGACUGUACACAAAAGCUCGGCUGCUGUUUCUCUGUCGCCACAAAUAAGGGGUUUGUGGUUUAUAUCAGCAUUUACAACGUGAUAUGUUUAGAUUGGUUGAUGCUAAAUGACUUCUUUGUUAUUUUAGUUACAGCUGCAUCAUCAGUUGUAGUAAUACUCACAAGAGAACUGCAGAGCUGGCAAAAGGGAAAUGUUUUACUGAGGAUCAUUUUAAAGAUAUUCAAAUAUUUGUAACGGGCUCAGGUGCAGAUUUGCUUAGAAAAGAAAUGAUAGAUUGACUUAGCAGAGCUUAUUGCUCUCUUGAGUGCCCUGAUUGAGAUGGAUAGAUGAAUCAUCAGUGGGAGGUUACUCUUAUUGUAAGAUAAUAUACCAGCAGGGACGGAUAAAGCCUAUUCAUAUCAUUAUUUGCUACACAUUUUCUGUUUACUUGCACUGAAUAAAAGUUGCAGUGCUGGCAUGACGGUGAGGACGAUUAAAAUUACAUUCACAGAUGUCUUCCAACAACUAUUAGUGUUCAGAUCAGUUUAGUUGUGGGCAGAACCCUUUUAUCCUGUCUGGAGUAUUGUGGUAUCAGUCAACUCUUCAUGAAAAAGGUGCACGUUUGUUUUUGUUCAACGGGCAUCAUUGAGCAGGAUCAUUAAAAUAUUCAGUUUUUGGGUAUUUUUAUUUAUUUUUGCCUCUUUCUUUUUUUUGACAAAAGAUGGAAUUUUUAUAUGUAAAUGAAGUAAAAUUCUCUCUAAAACUUACGAAACAGCUAUUUCUAUAAGUUUGUUAUAUGUUGACCUAUUCAUUUUAUUUAGUGUUCUAUGACAUUUCUGACACCAGCCUGGUGGGGGAAGAUGAAAUUGUUAAUAGGAAUAAUAAUAAUUGUGUUUCCCAGUCCUACUCGGGUCACGCUGCUCUGGAAGGUUUAGAGGUUUAAGUGAAUGAAUGUGUCCACUAUUUGUUAUAAAGAGGAAAUAAACAGAUGAGAGUAAUUUUGUAAAUAUAUAUUUUUCAGGUCUUAUUGAGUGGAAGUAGGUGUUCUAAAAGCACAAAAAUCUAAAGUGAUACAUUUCAGUAGCCAGGACAUGCACCACUUCCCAAUCUGUAUUGCACUGAAACCUUACACCACAUCCUGCAGGGGAGCGAUCCCAAGUUCAGGCUUUGCCCAGCCAAACCUCAAAGGCAAAGAGCCAGACCAGCAAGUAUUUUAUACAGGUGUAUAGAUGUUUAUGUUCCACAUGCUUAGUCACGUUUAUGGACAAUUAGCCUAAAAAAUCUGCAGGAGGCAUCCUACUUCAGGUUUUUGGAUCACUGGGGCACUCCAACCCCAUCCAGCAUGAAAAAGUAGCUCCAGCCUAAAUGUGGAUGCUGUGCUGGUGUGUUAUGGUGCAGAGAGAGUAGAGUCCAAGGCAGGAGCAGUGGUUUCCAGUCAGUGUUGUUCAACACCAGACAAAUGGACUUGUGCAAAAAAAAAAAAACCCCAAAAAAAAGAGCUAAAGUGGUAAAAAUUCUUCCAGAAAUGGGUUUCUGAGUUCAGUCUGACGGCUAAAAGGAAGAACAGUUUCCCGGGAGAGGCUGAUGAUGAGUUGCCUCGCCUCUGGAUCAAAGGGAACCAUUAGAGGUAGUUUAGGUUUUUGGUGAGGCUGCCUUUGUGAGUGGGUGCUACAGAUAUAAUCUACUGGGAGGAGGCUGCAGCGCUGACUCCGGACUUGUUGGAAAGCUGAUAUCACCGAGCUGACCUGUAACAGACCCCCCGAAGACAUCCUAAACACCUUCUCAAACCAUAGACCCUGUGACCUAGUCCAGGAUUGUCAGUGCAAAAUGAAGCAAAUCCUAAUUUGAGGUGUGAAAAUGCAAAGAAAAACACAGUAAAAGUACUGGCUCUUUAUUGGAGCAGCUCACUCUAACCAUCACAAUACGAGUUAGUUUUGGACAGGUUUUAAAGGCACAUCAAAGUGUGCUUUCAGACAAUGUUGGCUAAAAAAAGCAGGAAUGCUGAUAUAAAGCAACAGAAACAUGUUCAGAGUUUUUCCCCAAUAAAUAACGGGACAAAGGGUUUAAGUAGUUGAAGAUGAGACGGGAAACAAUAUCUUACAAACAGUUCAAAUGAUUAUUUUCUAUAUUUCAGGUGAUUCAUCUUAAAGACAUAAUAAAUACAGGAAUAAAUACACUAAACCCUUUUUGUUGGAGGAUCAAUGUGAUUUUCUCUCACUGAUCCUUCACAGUAGUCACAUACAGAUCUGAUUUUUCACUAUUCUACAAAAAAAAAAACAA